GUCUUUCGUCUCGUCUUUAAUCUCAAUUCUCAAAGUAGUGUAUUGUUUGUUAAAUAAAUAAAAUACUUCAUUUAUUUUAUAGUAAUAGUAAGUUAGUAAUCGGAAUUUGAUGGGAGGUGCCCUUCUGAGCAGAUAAAACGUCAACUAGUUCAACUAUUUGCAUAUCAUACUGAUUGAGGAAUUUAGUGACUACAUAGCCUAAUUUGAAAUUGAUUUAGGCCUACUAACUAACUAGGCUAUAACAUCGGUAUAAUGAUUCGAUUUAUUUUAAUCCAGAACAGAGCUGGUAAGACAAGACUAGCUAAGUGGUAUAUGAAUUUUGAUGAUGAUGAAAAGCAAAAGUUGAUUGAAGAGGUCCAUGCUGUUGUAACUGUACGUGAUGCUAAACACACCAAUUUUGUUGAGUUUCGAAACUUCAAGAUAGUUUAUAGAAGAUAUGCAGGACUGUACUUCUGUAUCUGUGUGGAUGUUAACGACAACAACUUAUGUUACCUGGAAGCUAUCCACAACUUUGUAGAAGUUCUAAAUGAAUAUUUCCACAAUGUAUGUGAACUGGAUCUUGUGUUCAAUUUUUACAAGGUAUACACUGUUGUGGAUGAGAUGUUUCUAGCUGGAGAAAUUCGAGAAACAAGUCAAACCAAAGUGUUAAAGCAACUCCUUAUGCUUAACUCGUUAGAGUAAAUGAUCCACUGCUUUGUACAUAUUGUCUGUGUAAAUGUAUAAUAUCCCAAGCCAAACAUUCCUUGUUAUUAGUGUCGAAUGUCUGAGUAUAAAAUGAUCUGUUUUUGAGUAGGUAAAUUAUGUAAUUAUGUUGAAAAAAUUAUGUUAUGUAUGUUAUAAAUAAAAGUAUAUAGAAACA